AUGUCAGUCCGCGAGGUACGGAUCUGGAAGCGGGUAGAUGGCAGGCAGACACCUGCAAUCCUUAUCGACAGAAAUUCAGUCGACUGCUCCCUUCUUCUUCAGAAUGGCGGUAUUGCAACACUUGACUCCGACUCUGCGGAAGUGGAGAGGCGAGGAUAUUCGAAAAUUAUGGAUUCCUACGGGCUGAUGGGUAUCUUGCGAAUAAGCAGAGAUGAACACGUACUAGUAGCUGUCACUGGUGUACUUUCGGUAGGACAGUUGUAUGGUGCUGACAUCGUCAAGAUCACCGCCUGCGAAUUCAUCUCACUUCGAACAGUGGGACCUGUGGAAUGCACAGAUCCCCGUAUUAUUGAUCUGGUACGUUUCCUUUCUUCGGGAAUGUUCUACUACUCUUCAAAUUCACGAUUCGAUAUUACGCUAUGUUCACAACGUCGUUCCAGCAAUAUUGACAGCGAUUCACGAUUUUUCUGGAAUCGAAGUUUACACUUCCCUUUUGAACGAUUCGGCGUUGACACGUCGCAAUGGCUGUUGAAAUGCAUCGUUGGUUCGGUCUUGGUGCGUACAGUAUACGUUGGCCAUCGAACAGGUCGAGUCGCCAUACUAUCGCGACUUAGUUGCGAACGGGUCGGGACGCGGUUCAACGUUCGUGGAGCGAAUUCGCUUGGUUGUGUGGCGAAUUUUGUGGAGACUGAGCAGGUAAUAACUUUCGACGAUCGCGAAUGCUCGUUGGUACAGAUCCGUGGCUCAGUUCCAUUGUUCUGGGAGCAACCAGGUGUUCAAGUUGGCUCACAUAAAGUGAAACUGAGGGCAUUUGAGGCGUCCGCUUCUGCUUAUUAUAGACAUAUGCUGAAGGUUACUUCGAUGUACGGUAAGACUACGAUUGUGAACUUAUUGGGUAACAAAGAAGGAGAACGAGCCCUAGCUGACGCAUAUCGAACUCAACAUAAAAAUUCCAAAUUUGCCGCCACAGUCGAGUUCGUUGACUUUGAUUAUCAUGCGCAGAUGAAAAUUUCUAAAGAGUCACUUGGACGAUUGCUCAAGCGUCUAGCUUCUACUAUGGAGACUAACUCCUUUUAUGUGUCCAUAGAUGGAAACGUGAAGAGUCAACAGUGCGGUGUUUUGCGGGUGAACUGUCUGGAUUGCUUGGACCGAACCAACGCGGUGCAGACUGCUGUGGGUCUCUUGGUGGCACGAAACCAAGUGGCUUCUUUGAGCUUAGACGCUGGCAAAGUGAAUGUAGAACAGCGUAUCGAAGAAAUUUUACGAGAUCUCUGGCAAAAGAAUGGCGAUCUUUGUAGUAAUAUUUAUGCUGGAACUGGAGCACUUGAUGGGAAGAGCAAGCUGAAGGAUGCUUCACGUUCGAUAGCACGAACUAUUCAAAACAAUCUCAUGGAUAACUCAAAACAAGAAUCUUUUGAUCUCUUUCUCACGGGAGCGUGGUAUGAUUCACGAAUUUUCGAUAGAGCUGCAAACUUACUUCCCAGUGCUAUUCUUCAAGAUGACUUCUAUUUCUACGAGUGUGAUGAAGCUGUAGAGCAUGUGGUUAGCAGAAUUGAUGAGGUCACCACUCCUAAUCCGAUUAAAGUAUUCGUUGGUACAUGGAACGUAAACGGAGGGAAAAAUAUGCAUAACAUCGCAUUCCGCAACCAGUCAAAUAUGGCGGAUUGGAUUUUUCCGAAUGGCACCCUUGUUUCCGUAGACAAAAUCGACGACGCUCCCGAAAUUAUUGCUAUUGGAGUUGAAGAGCUAGUUGAUCUCAAUGCUUCAAACUUAAUGAAGGCCAGUACAACUAAUCAACGACUAUGGGCAGAAGGGAUCCGACGUGUUCUCCACGAUCACGGCUCGUACAUUCUUUUUGCCGUUGAACAGUUGGUUGGUGUAUGUCUAUUUGUUUUUAUUCGUCCACAUCUCGCUCCAUACAUUAAAGAUUUCGCUAUCUCAUCUGUAAAAACGGGUAUGGGAGGAGCUACUGGCAAUAAGGGUUCUGUAGCUCUCCGAAUGGUUGUACAUUCUACGAGUUUUUGCUUCGUGUGCUCGCAUUUUGCUGCCGGUCAGAAUGAGGUUAAAGAUCGCAAUGAAGACUUCACCUCUGCUUUACGGAGGAUCAGAUUUCCACAAGGGAGGGAUAUUGAAUCUCAUGAUGUCAUAUUCUGGUUCGGGGAUUUUAAUUACAGGAUAAAUCUCACUGGUGAUCAGGUUAAGAAGGCAGUACAGUUGGGAGAUCUAACGAGUUUAUGGCAAUUUGACCAAUUAUUGCAACAGAAGACACAGGGAUUGGUUUUUGACGGUUUCCAAGAGGGUACCCUGUCAUUUGCGCCCACCUAUAAAUACGACACUUUCUCGGAUGACUAUGACACGAGUGAAAAGUGUCGAACACCAGCAUGGACUGACCGGAUACUGUGGAAAGAGCAGAGAAAUCCACCGGAAAUGAAAUUGAUUCGUUACUUUCGAUCUGAACUAAAAACGUCAGAUCACCGCCCUGUUGGAGCUCUCUUUUCCGUGAAUGUGCAUCGCGUAAAUGAAGCGAAGUGUGUGACUUUGGUUGAGGACAUUAUUGCAUGCCUAGGACCACCUGACAGUACUAUCAUCUGCUCACUGAAAGGCAUGCGAAGGUUCCCUGCAGCGCUAUUCCCCCAAGUUUCUGGGAAACUUAAAGAAAUUCCUGUGCAAAUUCGACUCAGCAAGUUUGAAGAGGGCGAAUUGCACAUUGUCCUAGAGAGUGGAGAGGCGGCAUUGGCAGCUUUAAGCAUGGAUGGAAUACAGCUAGAUGGUCAAAUUCUGUCCGUAAAAUUGAAAUCACCUGAAUGGGCAGAAGCGUUGCAACCGAAACUAAAUAAAUUUGCGAUGACAUCUGGCUCGGAAGAUACGAUUUCGUUCCUGGAGUGCGAUUAUAACAUUACAAACGGAGACGAAUUCGAGUUCGAUGAUAACGACGACGACACUACCGCAAGUGGAUCCGUCACUGACAGAACGGGUUCUGACAGAGCAUCUCCAAACAGCGUCAUCGAGGAUUUUGCUCCCAGGUGUACGAUAACACCUCUCCAGUCCUCGUACACGUCACAAACGCCUCCUCCUACACGACAGGCUCCGCCAAUUCCAACACUUCCCGGUCGCCCUCAGAUUCCUAUUAUUCCUCCGCGGCCAAAAGGCUAUAAUACUUAA